AUGACUUCAGAGUUUACGUUUCCCAAAAUCCACUCGUUUCCUCCUCUUUACACAAAACAGCCCAAUGCUACGAUUCUUUCUACUCAAUUAGAUUCCUGGAGUCAGAUCAUACUUCAGUACUGUGAAUAUUUCAGGAUCACAUCAAUGACCUUGAAUGGCACAGUCAAGAGCUCACAGCUUGUGGAUGUAGGAAAAAGUGAUUCAUUGCCGCCUUUGUUUGUGAAUAAUGCUAUCAAUCGAAGUGUUAGUGCUGAUUUUCAGAGUGCCAUCUUUAGUCAUCUCAUUCACAAGGUAAAGAAAGCUGAAUAUAUCAAUCCGAAAAAUCCCGAACUCGGCAUAUAUGUCUAUUGGAGGUCGAUUACUGAAUGGGCACAGUUGUUGUACGACUUUGUAGACAAAACCGGGCAAUUGGGAACAGUUUUGACUUUGUAUGAAUUGACAAAGGCUGAAGAUAGUGGUCUACCUGAAAGCCUCAGAAAUCUUGAUGAAGAGCUUUUGGUGAAAGUCUUGAAGGACGUAUUGAUAAAACAAGGAAGAGCGCAGUUAUUAAUGGACGAUGAAGGCGGAAUAGGAGGGGUAAAGAUCGUAUAG